AUGGUCAAGACAGUCUGUGGGUCCAGCAACUCCAGUGUCCAAUCUUUUCCAGGAUUCCAGCUUCUCAGUAACUUACUCAUACGACCGGCGCUCCCCACUACCCCUACUCCGGACCCCAAGGACCACCUGACAGCCUCCGCCGUCAGCCACCCGCGGACGGUACAAUCCCGACCCCUCCAGCCCUUACCUCCGGACCCUUGCUUCCUGCUGCGGGGACUUGUCAGCUUCGCCUACUGGAAACGCUCAAAUGUGCAUCCAGCAAGCAGGCGUGACUCCGCCCAGAAUGCACUGCGGCCUAAUUCAACUUCCGGUCAGAGAGCUCCUGAGGGGCCAGCGAUGUUCAGGAAAGUGUCCAUAGACUUCUCUCAGGAGGAAUGGGAAUCCCUGGACUCUGAUCAGAUAAAUUUAUACAAAGAAGUGAUGUUGGAGAAUUUCACCAACCUGAUUUCAGUGAGAUUUUCCAGUUCUAAGCCAGCUGUGAUCUCAUUAUUGGAACAAGGAAAAGAGCCCUGGACAGUGGACAAAGAGCUGACCAGACACCUGUGUUCAGAUCUGGAAUCAAUGUGCGAGACCAAAAUAUUAUCUCUAAAGAAGAGACAAUUCAGUCAAGUAAUACUUACCUCUGAAGACAUGCCUACUUUUAUUCAGCCUACAUUUCUUACUCCACAUAAAAAAACUAUUAAUGAAGAGAAACCCUGUGAAUGUAAGACAUGUGGGAAGACCUUUGAUCAGAACUCACAAUUUAUUCAACAUCAGAGAAUUCAUUCUGGUGAAAAACCCUAUGAAUGUAAGGAGUGUGGGAAAUCCUUUAGUCGUGGUUCACUUGUUACUAGACAUCAGAGGAUUCACACCGGUGAAAAACCAUAUGAAUGUAAUGAAUGUGGCAAGGCUUUUAGUUGUAGUUCAUAUUUUUCUCAACACCAGAGGAUUCACACUGGUGAGAAACCCUAUAAAUGUAAAGAAUGUGGAAAAGCUUUUAAUUAUUGCUCAAACCUUAAUGAUCAUCAGAGAAUUCACUCAGGUGAGAAACCUUAUGAAUGUAAAGUAUGUGGAAAAGCCUUUACUAAAAGUUCACAACUUUUUCCACAUCUCAGAAUUCAUACUGGUGAGAAGCCUUAUGAAUGUAAGGAAUGUGGAAAAGCUUUUACUCAACACUCAAGGCUUAUUCAACAUCACAGAAUGCAUACUGGUGAGAAACCUUAUGAAUGUAAGGAAUGUGGGAAAGCCUUCAGUAGUGCCUCAACACUUACUAACCAUCACAGAAUUCAUGCUGGUGAGAAACUCUAUGAAUGUAAAGAAUGUGGAAAGGCCUUUAUUCAGAGCUCAGAACUUAUUCAACAUCAGAGAAUCCAUACAGAUGAAAAACCAUACGAAUGUAAUGAAUGUGGGAAGGCCUUUAAUAAAGGCUCAAACCUUACUCGACAUCAGAGAAUUCACAAGGGUGAGAAACCUUAUCACUGUAAGGAAUGUGGAAAGGCCUUUGGUAGUCGCUCAGACCUCAUUCGCCAUGAGGGAAUUCAUAUUGCAUAAAUGAUAGAAAGUAAGGCUAUUUGUUACUAAUCUUCCUAUUUUUAAAAAAGGUAAUGAAAACAAACCAGGAAAUGCAAAUUCAGCUUGGUAACUUAAAACAACAGAAAUUUAUUCUCUCACAGUUUUGAAGUCUAAAAAACCAAAAUCAAAGUUGUUGCCAGGUUGGUUCCUUAUGAGAACUCUGAGAGAGAAUGCAUUUCAUGCCUUUCCCCUGGCUUGUGGGGAAUCCAGCCAUCCUUAGCAUUCCCCUCUCCUUCUUCAUCUUUGCAUUGCAUUCUAUGUAUCUUCUUUUAUAUGGAUACUAAUGAUCUCAUCUUAGCUUGAUUACAUUUGUAAACAUCCUGUUUCUAUGUAAGAUCCCAUUCACUGACACCAGGGAUUAUGGCUUCACUGUGUCUUUUUGGAGGGACACAGUUUAAAGCAUAACACCCUGUUAACACUAUUUUGUCUAAUGUGCUUAUACUUUUCUUUUAUAUAUAACCUGUUUAUUAUUUUUUGGUACUUGGUCUUAAAGCCAGGGGUGCUCUACCACUGAGCUACAUCCUUAAUCCUUUUUUUUUUUU